AAUCACAACAAACGCGUCACUUUAAAGUCCACUAUUCAACAUGGCGGCGGACUGUCACCGCACAGCAGUACGAUGAAAACGAAUGCUUCAUUUCCUCCAAAAUAUUCAGAUCGUUAGCUGUUUAUUAUGGCUUCGAAGCUGAGAAAGAUUGCCUGUGAUGUGAGCAUCGACGAUCCUGUGAGUUCGACGGACGAAAGUGAACUGGGGAGUGAGGACAUUGAUUUGCAAUUCACUGGCCGGCUGUCGUUUCGGAGUUCCGCCCUACUUGGCAAUGACGGUGACUUGUCUGCCGAUGAUGAGGAUAGUGACGGGGAGGUGCGGCGCGGUGCAACCGGUGAUGCAUCGCGUCGUAAAGCAUCCAAUGCGGACAGUGUCGGCAGUGUCCACAGUCUUCAGGUUGGCUCCAAGGCCAACAAGUUUCAUCCUGGGAGGACCAUCUUUGAGGUUGUCUCAGCUAAAACAAUGAGAGAUGGCAACAACAGAUUUGUGCUUUAUACCGUGGCUGUUCUAAGAACGAUCAAGAGCGACACCUCACAAGCCACCAUAGAGAGAAGAUAUUCUGAUUUCCACAAGUUGAACGGUAGUUUACGGAAACGAUUCCCCCGCAUCAUGGAGAACAUUGUGUUCCCCAGGAAAACCCUGACAGGAAACUUCAAGCAUGACUUCAUCGCUGAGCGCAGUCGAGCCUUUGAGACGUUCCUCACUUCCAUCUACAAGUAUGAGUGCAUCCGGUUGUCUGAAGAAUACCAGGACUUCUUUUACAAUCAUGACCUGCGGAUCGCCUACCGCUACAUGGCGCGAGGUGACUUUCAGGAGUCGGUGCCGUUCUUGCAGAACACUCUUCACCUUCAAGAGAAGAUGCUUGGUUCUGAGCACCCAGACACGGCUCGGACUCAGUGUGCGCUGAUAGUGGCUUACAUGUCGCUAGAGGAAGGGGAGGCUCACGUCCAUGGGUAUGCAGAGGCCGCCUGGGAUACCAUUGGUAAAGAUGAGACAAACCCUUUUCUCUUACCCUUGCUGCAGAUUCUGAUAGGCAUCCGGUGGAGGCUGCAACUUGACAAGAGGGAGCUGGAGAGCAGAUUGACGCGGUACGUGAAGCAAGAAAUGGCAGGUCCUGUCAAAAUGCCGACGUUGGAGGAUCUAGUCAUGCAGUGUCUAUCCCACAUGUAGGAA